GCUCGAGCAAUACACCCUCGGUACUCCGCUGCAAAGACAUAAACCAGAUCAUACUAACCAGGGUAGCUGACAUCAGAACGUCGUUGACGUAUGCAGCUGUUGAAUGGGGGGCAUCUUGUUAAAUAAUGAAUUUGUCUCGGAUCACGUGAGAAAGCCUCUAAAUUAUUCAGGAUCUUUUUGCAUCCGCGAUCUCUCCCGACUGUAGCUGCCAUCCCCGGAUGCGGGCAAAUACCGCCUUGAAAAUGGAUCUUGACAAAAUCAUCGUAAUCCAUUAAUCCGUUGGGCGAAAAACAGAGCUGUCAUUAAAGAGAGGGACGGCCCAUCGCACCAUGCGGGUCCUAGCUGACGGGUGUCUCCUGUGAAAGUGAGGAAGUCGGAGGACCCUUCGCUCAGCAGCUCGUUUGACUCCAAGAGAGCGCCUCUCGUUUUCCUUUCGUAGUCGGCAGCGGAUAUCCACUCGGCUCUCCACUCCACUGCCCGCAACCCCCCCGUGUGCCUCCUGCCACUGGGGUAGAAAAUGAGCGGGGUUUUCGCCAAGCUGGACCCCCGGAGGAUCCAAUGGGGGGCCGCGUGGUACGCCUUCCACUCCCGCAUCCUGCGGACGAAGCCGGUGGAAUCGAUGCUGGACGGGGCGGGCGCCGGCGCGCCCCACAGCACCAAGCUGGCACGAGUGCUGACGACGGUGGACCUGGUGUCCCUGGGGGUGGGCAGCUGCGUGGGCACGGGGAUGUAUGUCGUUUCUGGCCUGGUGGCUAAGGAAAUGGCGGGGCCUGGAGUGAUCGUGUCCUUCAUCAUCGCCGCGGUGGCCUCCAUUCUGUCAGGUGUGUGCUACGCCGAGUUUGGCGUCCGCGUACCGAAGACGACGGGAUCCGCCUACACCUACAGCUAUGUGACCGUUGGGGAGUUUGUGGCGUUCUUCAUCGGCUGGAACCUCAUCCUGGAGUAUCUGAUUGGGACAGCGGCCGGCGCCAGCGCCCUGAGCAGCAUGUUUGACUCCCUGGCCAAUCACAGCAUCAGCCGCUUCAUGAUCAACAACGUCGGCACUCUGAAUGGGCUGGGUAAAGGAGAGGAGUCUUACCCUGACCUCUUAGCCCUGGUGAUCGCCAUUCUGGUGACGGUGAUUGUGGCGCUGGGGGUUAAGAACUCAGUUGGCUUCAACAACGUCCUCAACGUCAUCAACCUGGUGGUGUGGGUCUUCAUGAUGAUCGCUGGCUUCUUCUUUGUCAGCGGCUCAAACUGGGACAACGGCAGGUUCCUGCCUUAUGGCUGGUCAGGGGUUCUGCAAGGGGCAGCCACCUGCUUCUAUGCGUUCAUUGGGUUUGACAUCAUCGCUACCACAGGAGAGGAGGCCAAGAGUCCCAACACCUCCAUCCCCUAUGCCAUCACAGCUUCUCUUGUCACCUGUCUCACUGCUUAUGUCUCCGUGAGUGUGAUUCUGACUCUGAUGGUGCCCUACAAUGACAUUGAUGCUGAGUCCCCCCUCAUGGAGAUGUUUGUAGUCCAUGGUUUCCAGGCUGCCAAGUACAUUGUGGCUAUUGGCUCCAUCGCUGGGCUGACCGUCAGCUUGCUGGGCUCCCUGUUCCCCAUGCCCAGAGUCAUAUACGCUAUGGCAGGAGAUGGGUUGCUCUUCAGGUUCCUGGCUCACGUCAGCACUUACACAGAGACCCCCGCCGUGGCCUGCGUGGUUUCUGGAUUCCUAGCAGCUCUGCUGUCUUUGCUGGUGAGUUUGCGGGACCUGAUCGAGAUGAUGUCGAUCGGCACCCUGCUGGCCUACACCCUGGUGUCCGUGUGCGUGCUGCUGCUGCGCUACCAGCCGGAGAGCGACAUCGACGGCUUCGUCAAGUUCCUGUCGGAGGAGAACACCAAGAAGAAGGAGGGGAUCCUGGCCGAGUGCGAGAAAGAGAUCUGCUCUCCUGUCAGUGAGGGCGAGGAGUACGGAGGGCCACCCACCAACACCUGCGGGGCCAAGAACCUGCCCUCACUGGGAGACAACGAGAUGCUGAUUGGCAAGUCGGAUAAGUCUGCGUACAACGCCAACCACCCCAACUACGGGACCGUGGACAUGACCUCGGGGAUAGAAGCCGACGAGUCUGAGAACAUCUAUCUCAUCAAGCUCAAGAAGCUGAUCGGGCCCCGCUACUACACCCUAAGGAUCCGCUUGGGCCUCCCCAGCAAGAUGGACCGGCCCACUGCCGCCACGGGCCGUACCGUCACCACCUGUGUCUUGCUACUUUUUAUCCUCAUCUUCAUCUUCUGCUCCUUCAUCAUCUUUGGGGCUGACUACAUCUCGGAUCAGAGCUGGUGGGCCGUGCUCCUGGUAGUCCUCAUGGUCCUGCUCAUCUGCGCCCUGGUCUUUGUCAUCCUUCAGCAACCGGAGAAUCCCAAGAAGCUUCCCUACAUGGCUCCCUGUGUCCCCUUCGUCCCUGCCUUUGCUAUGCUUGUCAACAUUUACCUCAUGCUCAAACUCUCCAGCAUCACCUGGAUCCGCUUUGCAGUGUGGUGCUUUGUGGGUGUACUGAUAUACUUCGGCUAUGGUAUGUGGAACAGCACGCUGGAGAUCAGCGCCCGAGAAGAGAUUCUUCACCAGAGCACCUACCAACGCUAUGACAUGGAUGUGGACGACAGCUUCACUGUGGACGAUGGCUUCUCCUAUCCCCAGGAGGAGGGUGGGCAGUACCAGGACUGGGGUCCCUCUCAGGACAGGGGUUACCAGUACCAGCAGAAGGCCAUGCCUGACGCUGUAGAUCACAACAGGACCUCGCAAAGUAGUAAAUCUAAAAGCAAAGGGAAAUCCAGCAAGGGGUUUGAGGCCCUGAUCGCGGACGACGAGUUAGAUUACUCACCGGAAUGAGAAUGGAUCUGAAUGGAUCUGUUAAAGCAGAAACCCUUGGGCUAGAAUGUCAGCUUUCUAUUUUAAAGUGAUGUUGUCGUAUUUAAUUUCCAUUUUUUCGUCAUUAGUUUGUGCUAUUUAAGUGGCCUGCAUUUGCCACCUGGAAGGUCUAUUACUGAGUAACCACAAGAUAAGAAAAUGGGGUUGUAAAACAAAAUCAUUGUUGUUUAAAAACAAGAAGGGAUUAUUCAGGGAUUACUCAUUCUUUAAUUUAUGCUUUAGUCCAGGGAACCUUAGUUCUUGAAAACUUUGUGUAUAUCUGGAACAGUACAGGUUUGUAUUUUUCUGCUUAAUCUGGUGACUCAGAGUACUCUAGUAAGGAAUUUCCUCCAGGCUCUUCCUGUUCCUGUGACUGUCAUUGGCAGGAUACUCUUCCAGUGGUGGAAUCUGGGUGGUUUCCUGUUACAGUAUCUGGCUCAGGUACCUGUAGAAAACAAAUUGUCUGAAAGCAGACAGGUAAUGAACUUGCAUUAAUUGCAGUAGAUGUCAGAAUAUUGGGAACCUGAAUUAAGAAAGUGUAGCAGUCUACAGAUGUUGUAUGUGGAAUCAUGCAAUUUGUGGCAGGCUCAAGCAACAAACCUUAUUUUAUGAAAACUCAAGUUUUCAGAAACACAAAAUUUCAUUCUGACCGUAUAUAUUUUAAUUAGAGUUACAGAGUAUCCUGAACUUUGAAGAGGGUUAAACCUGCUCUGAUUACCCUUUGGAGAAUUACAUAUAUUUUCAUGUUUUACAACACUAAUCAUGCAGUUCCGGAAGUUUCAUGUGAUCCUUUUAAUAGAUGGUUACUUUAUGGUAGACAAUAUUUAGUGGAGAAACAACUGAUUGGAAUUUUGAAACACUUAAAGAAUGAAGAAGUUCAGAUUUUUCUUUGGCUUUUUUGUGCACCAAAAUAAGAACCCUAUAUAUUUUUUUCUUACUAUAAAGGAAAGUUAAAAUACUUUUCUUCUCCUGCCUUCACAUGAGAUCUAGCCCAAGGGUAUAUGUGAAAACAAAUAGUAAUUGGACUUUGCUUGCAAUAGUGCCUUCAUCUGUCAAAGUGUGCUUUAACUUGUUCCCAGUAUCCAUUAUAGAUUUCUUAUACUGUGUCAAGGGAAAAGGCAGGGGAGUCUAUCAGGUGUAAUUUUUGUACUGGUUUCUUUGUGCAGCUGUCUGUCAUGUAGUACCUCUCAUCUCUAGCUCUACAUCUGUAACAGUGAAUGAACUCAACCUUUGCAAGCAGGCUAUUCCAUGUAAUGUAUGUAAUCAAACCUACAUUUGCUUGUUGAUGUCCCCUCUUAAAUGAGUUAAAGAGAAAACAAAACCACACACAGAACAAACGGAAAGCAUGAAUGGGUACCCUUUUGCUUUUGCUGAAUGCUUUUUUGGAGUGCAGCGUCCUGUUGUACUUUCAUCUCUGUGGCUAAGGUGUUUUCCCAUCAGCCUCACCUACCUGUUUCUCUGUGUGUCAUGUCUGGCUCUCGGAGUUUGUGUGGUUCUGAGCAAGACCAGAUGAGGCCCUGAAGUGACUCUGAUGCACCACAACCCUGUCGUAGUCAGGGAAGCCUUAAGGAAUUCUAAUAUUUGAAGAGCACUACAUUCAUAUCACUAAUUUAUAUUCAUUACCCCAUAUACAUGUAGUACACAAUUUAAAACUACCCGGCACGUUUUUGCUAAAUGUUCACAUCCCACAGGAUACAUAGCAAGCUAUUGCAACACCUCAGUGUAGAAUGAACAGUCCCUGUUCCAUUUUUCAUUAGUAAAAGGAGAUGUUAUGUAACUGUUUUCAUAAGUCACAAUCAAUAUUAUAAAAUGUCUUUCUGAAGUACU